UCACAAGACCCGUCAGCACAGCUUUGGGCGGUGCCUGGGCAAAAGCAGUACAUGGCAAGUUCUGCUCUUAACACCUCUCACAGAUCUCUGAGGGGAAAGGGAGCCCCUAUGGGCCUCGGGAGCAGAUGUGUCAGUGCCCCAAGGAGGCUGAGUAUGGGAGGGCGCUGCACUCUGCUCCUGCCCAUACCCAGGAGGCGGUUCCCUCCUGCUGCCCCUCAGGCCACGCACUUCCACGAGCGAGCGUGGCAGCUCCACUAGGCCCUGGCAGAAAAUUGGCCUGCUUGGCUGCAGCUUUUCCUGUAACAGAGUUGGCAUUAGCUGUUGCCUUUAACAGAUCUGCACGUGGCACACACGUUCUGGGUAUUUCUGAGCUGGCUGGGAUCUGUGAUCUCUUGUGUUGCUUAUUAGAGUGUAUUUUUCUGUUCUGGAGUGCUCCUUUGGGUCAGAAUAAAAGGCUGGAGAAACCCCAUGUGGCUCUAAGACAUGAACAUUGGGAAAUGGAGCCUCCUACGAGUUACUCAGCUGCUUUAGCAAUAAAUAAUGUCAUCACUGACUUUAGCUUCACUAACAUGGGGUGGUUUCACUCAGUCCCACCGGCUCGGUGGCCAUCCCAGGAGCAGUGUCCUGGGAGCAGUGGUGAGAGUGAGGGUCAGGGCCAGCCCCAGGGCUCUGCUGCAGCACCAAGUGGUGAGGCACAGCUGAAGGGGAGAAACCCCAGAGAAAUAACAAAUGGUUCUGAUACUGUGUUCUAGGCCUCCAGGAGAGCCCGCAGCAGUUCAGAGUCCUGCCCACACCACACUGUUGGAAAGGGAAGGCUGAACUGCAUGAAUAUACAGGAUUGUUCUAAUCUGUUUGGAAAGUCAGUUCCAGUUUCCCUGUAAGACCCUGCAUUACAUGUAAUGUUGGGAGCAGAACUGAAGCCAGACAUGGAAUUGGAUGUGUUCUUUCUCCUCGUUUUCCCCUGAGGCAAAUAGUCUAAAAGGUUUCACAAGUUUUUCCAGUACCCAAGGGGAAGAAGUGUCUUUUCUUCCUGCUUUUAUCCAGUUCCUUGCAACACAAUUUCAGUCUCAUCUUACGUCACUUCCAGAGAUGCUCUGAUCAUCUUCCCAUGACAGAAUUUAGAUGUGUGUCAGAGGGACAGUGAGCAGGGAAAAGGGAGGGAAAAACCCCAUAAAUGCAACUAUUACUGUUGAACUGGUACUGCUGCUAAAACAGCUCAUCUCAAGGCAGUCUUUGAGUUGUCAUAUUUUAAAUAAUAAUACACUUCGGAUACUUUUGUUUAGGUUUUUUUCUGUCUUUUGACCUUCUAGCUCUAUCAAUAUCCACUUAUCCUUGCUACUGAGGGGCUAAGAGAUUCAUUGUUACUUCAGUGGUAUUUGAGAGGUUCAUGAUUUCUCAGGCCAGAACUAAAAAGGAUUGUCAAAGUUUGAAGGUUUGAUACCGAAAGCAAGAGUUAGUUGUACUGUUAUGCAUAUGCAGAGUACAAAGAAAUAGUAAAUUAAAAGCUCUCAAAACUUAGAGCACUGAUUUCAAUUCAUUUAAAUUUAGACCUAGGGCUAAACACGAGCAACAGGAACAGAAAGAGGGAUUGUUUCAGUUAGGUGUUACGGGCACUCUGUGGUAGCAGAGGUACAGCAGGAAGGCUCUCCUGGUAGAUUGUUUUGCCAGAAGUAUUUGUAGCAAUUACACUGGCUAAUUAAUUAAUUAGACAUUUUAAUCAAAAGCAGAUUAAAUACAAAAAUUUAGAAAAAUUGCCAACUUUAAGAACAUACUUUAAACCUAAUCCUUGACAAGCAAGACCUGGCCCUCUGACCACUUCUGAUGUUUUUUAUUUCUCACUCCCUGCAUCUGCUAUGGUACCACGUCUUAAUGAGUGAGCUCCUGUGUGCUGCAGUGCUGGAAGACGCUGGGAGCAGGAUCCCUGCGUGGGAUCAGCUCUGGCGCUUCUAGUGCCCUUUCUGGUGGUGGCUGUUUCUCUCUCAGCCCUCGUGAGAUCUUUGUCUCGCUGCCCGCGGGGGAGCGUGGCUGUAGCUCUCGGGAACCCCUCUCUGGCCUCCGUCACGUGAAACUCGUCCUUUGGCAACCAGGCUGGAGCAAUAACCACCCACGGAAAGGAAGAUGUGAUGAGCACCUGGGCCUGACGUCAGGCGGAGCAGGAAGCGGCGCUGCGCUCCGAGCCUGCCGGGCAUCGCUGGUUGUGCCGCUGGCCCUUCCCCCGCAGCCGGGCUGGGACGGGCCGGGAGGGCAGGUCCUCGGAGAAGAGGAAGCUCCGGGAGAAAAUCCGCCUCCGUAGCUCGCAGAGGAGGCCGAGAGCGGCGAGCCCGGGCCCGCACCAUGCGCGGCCGCCGCUGACAGCGCCGAGCGGGCCGCGGAGCCCCCGCGGAGCGGGAGCCAUGGCCCUGCAGCCGCCGCCCCCCGCCCUCAGGCCGGGCUCGGCCCCGGCGCUGUACAUCCACAGCAUGCCCGCCUGGGUGCUGGAGGACUUCUGCCAGAAGAUGGACUGCCUGAGCGACUACGACUGGAUGCGGUUCGCCUCCUAUGUGAUCACUGAUCAAACAGAGCUACGGAAAAUCAAGUGCAUGGAGAAGACAGGGAUCAGCAUCACAAGGGAGCUGAUGUGGUGGUGGGGAGUGAGGCUGGCAACAGUGCAGCAGCUCCUGGACCUGCUGCAAGGGCUGCAGCUCUACCGAGCAGCUCAGGUCAUCCUGGACUGGAUAUCUGCCUCUAACGUUACCAGCCCUGAGAAAAAGGAGCCAGUAGGGCCCCCCAGCCAGGAGAUCACAUCUGUACCUCCCACAGAAGGGAGAAGGAGAGAGAAAGAAAGCGAGAUAAGCGUGUUGCCAUCACCAGACUCAGCAGGCAUUUCAGGUGCUGUUUCCGAAGGAGCCUUGUAUUCCCUCCCUGCUCCACCACCUCCCCCAAGAGACCUUUUGAAUUCCCUGCAAUCCAGUCCUCCUGUCUCAUCAAGUGUAAAGCCUUGCAGCUCUUCUACUCCUCAGCAGGAGACAAUGGCUGAUCUCCCCAGCGGGAGUCUCCUGUGGGCCCAGAAGGAAGUUGCUGAUGCCACGAACGGUUUCAGUGACAAGAACAGAAUCUGUGAAGGUACUUUUGCAGAUGUCUACCAAGGUCAGAGGAACAACGUACUGUAUGCCAUCAAAAGACUGAAAGAGCUGGAAUGCACAAGCCCAGAUUCCACCCAGAGGUUCUUUCACACGGAAGUGCAGAUUUGCUUUCGGUGCUGUCACAUCAACAUUCUGCAGCUGCUGGGCUUCUCGGUGGAAACUGGAUUGCACUGUCUGAUAUACCCAUACCUGUCCAAUGGCUCCCUGCAAAACAAGCUCCAGUGCCACGAUGAUUAUGCUCCACUGACCUGGGAGAUGCGAAUUAGCAUUUCUGUAGGAGUCAUCCGAGCUGUGGAGUAUUUACAUAAUUUUGGAAUUCUUCAUGGGAAUAUCAAAAGCUCAAAUGUCUUGUUGGAUGAAAACUUUACACCAAAGCUUGGACAUUCUGGCCUGCGAUUGCAUUCUGCUGAUAAAAAAUCAGAAUAUGCUGUGAUGAAAACCAAAGUCUUACAAGCUUCUCUUACUUACCUGCCAGAAGAUUUUAUCAGACAUGGGAAGUUAACAGAAAAAGUGGAUAUAUUCAGCUGUGGUGUGGUCUUAGCAGAGGUACUGUCGGGGCUGAAGGCGCUGGAUGAAAGCAGACACACGAUUUAUCUGAAAGAUAUGAUUGCUGAUGAAAUUCAAACAGCGAAAGAAAGCUCACACUCCAAAGUAAAAACUUUGGAAAAACUGGCUGCCAAUGAAAUCUGCUGCAAAUACCUAGACAGGAAAGCAGGACACUUGCCAGAAGAGGUUGCAGUUGCUUUUGCCUCAGCCAUCUGCCUUUGCCUGAGAAAGAAGAGUUCUAACAUAGCAGAGGUGCUUGAAGUUAUGGAAAUGGCUGAAAAUAAAUUAAGAGAGCAUUACAUCUGUGGAAGCAGCACUUCUGGCUUCUCCAUGAACACUCCAGAAGAAACUGAUGAUGAGACUGCCAGUCUGAGCAUGGAUGUGCCUUCUGCAGUGGGGAACAAAGAGGAGAGUGCCCAGGCAGUGAUCCUGUCCAGCACCAGCCCCUGCGCCCCUCCCAUGGGAGCCGCGGCACCCGACACCUACUGCGGACACACGUCACGGGUCCCCUGUGAGUCAGAUGAGUCCAGCAGUUUCAUAUGGAACCCUACAGAAAAAUCCACGAAGGAGCUACCCAGCCACAGCUGUACCACUUCAGAAAAAGUGUCAGGCUCUGGUUACAGGGUCAAGCAGGAGAAAUCUGCCAACGGACUGCAGGAGAGGAACGCGGCGUGUGCCAGAGGCGGCGGCAUCCCAGAGACCGCAGCUGCUGCACAGGGCACCUGUGCCCAGGGCAGCCUGGACUCCUCCUGUGCUUCACAAGCCUUAGCCAGAGAGACAUCUUGGAAAAUACAGAUAAAUGAUCAAAAAAAGAAGCUCAUGGAAAACAUUUUGCUGUAUGAAGAAGACAAGUUAAACAGUUCUGAACUUUUUGAAUCAUAAAUUGGCUGGAUUUAUUAGCAGUGGCCAGCUUAAAAGAAGAAAUAAGGACUGUCUCUUCAUUAGAAAGAUGGUAAAAAUAUGCUUUUAAUGUAAGAUUAAGUAGCAGAUUUGGAUCAAAAACAUCAGCCCUGAGUGAAGGAAACAAGUGAUCACACAGAGAAGCAGCAGAAAAGCAGAUUAAAGAACAGUGCCACUCUGCACACAGAAAUUCCUUCUGCCUUUUCAUCUGAAAUGUGAAAAGGAAUGGCAAACGCAAACAAGUGCCAAGAUAGUUUACAAUCCUUUUGCAGUGUUUCAGAAAACAUCUCCAGAUAAUGUUUGUCUCAUUAAGCCACAGUCCCAGGAGUUACAGAGCAAGCACUGACCAGCAGCCAGCCAGCAAUGCCCUAUGUUGUUAUCCCCCUGCAUACAGCAAACAGGAAUCCUUGGAGCCAUGGGGGAAGUUUUCCAGUGAAUCUCUCCUAUUCCAUCUGAUCUUAGCGCACAUACUCAGAACACUGCAUUACCAGAGAGGGGGAUUCUCAUGCAAGUUCUCAGAUGUGCUGUACACAGCUUCAUCCCAGCUGGAACUGCACUGAGCACAGAGGCAGGUAAAUGACUUCAGCCACGUUCCUCUGCUCUGGGAGCGCCUCCUACACGCAGGUGACACCACGUGAGACCAGCCUUUCAGGUCACUGUCAGCACCUCUGAGACGGUUGUUUAAUUCUUGAACCUCUGUUUAAUUCUUCAGAGGAAUGCUUUUGGGAAUUAUUUUUUUCUAAGUGUCCUUUAUAUGUUGUUAAGGUUUCUCGUUGUGUUUCACAUUAUACUGUUGUAUAUUAAAAUGUCUUUAAUUUUGUUAUAGGACACUUGAAAUAUAAUUUGUUGUAUUUAUUUUGGCAAUGGGUCAAAGAUAAGCUAGUAAUGGGACCUGCUGAUGGUUCCACACUCACCAUGUGUUCUCAGAGGAGUCCUUGUGGGUAUCCCUUGGCUCUCCCAGCAGUGGCACCUCGGGCUCAGCCUCGGGGAUCACGUGCAAGAGAAAAAAUAGAAGCUUGCAUGCUGGUGUAUUUAUGAUCAAGUGAAAGGCCCCUUAAGCAAGUGUCACUUUUAUUUUUAUGAUAUUUAUUAUUUGUGCUGUUGCUAGCAUAUUCCACUCACAUGCAGGCUAGGGAAAUACUGAUUUAUUAUAAACCAAAAGAACUAUCAAAGCAUGUAGCCCAGCUUGCAGACAGGAGACUGCUGCCUCCUGAGCACAGGGACUAGGGCAUGAUGUGCAGAAAUGGCUACAAUUCACAGUGCAAUUCAGAGAAUAUUUUAAAAAAUUAUACAUUAACUAUAUGUAAUUAUUCUCAUUGGAAUUCUAUAACAGUAUAUUUUCCUGGCUUUACAUGAGGGCCUCAUACCUUCUAUUUUUGUAGAGUACCUUGUUCAUUUUAUGUAUGAGUAUGAGCAAGUAAAAGUAUUUUAACUAGAGUAUUAAAAUCAUACUUAUCAAAUUUCUACAGUAAAAACUGGUAAAAUCCCUUAAUUAUAAGUGCCUUGGAUACUGUCUAUGUGUUUGCCAGUGUGAGAUUUUUUUUUUAAUUUUACCAGAAUCAAAUCAAGACAACAUUAAUACUGAUGUAAGAAACAUUGAAUAGACUCAGAUUGGUCAAUAACCGCUGAAUUCUAUAUAUUUGAGAUACUUUAUGCUGCUGAAAAUGUAAUAUUCCUUGUUUUUCAUGGGUACAUUCUGGGAAUCCAUGGUAGAAGCCUCGGGCCUCCUUCAGGAAGGAAUGCCCGUGGACACACCACAGAGCUGAAUGGGAAACCCGAGAGUUUUAAACUGAGAAACCUACACAGCUCUGUUUCACAAAAGUGCUUUAGAGGUUUUGUUCUCUUGUAGUCAUCUACUUUGUUAUUCUUUGCCUUGUUCCAUGCUAAUUUUUAAAUAUUCUGAGGUGAUAUACAGGGUCUUGUAGAGUUACACAAGUAUUUAAUGUAACAUAUAUGACAGUGCAUGGUCUUACAUUCAUACAGUUACAUAACUUGGCUAUUCAGAGGCAAGUUUGUACAUUACUAUUUGCUAAUAGCAUUGUGAAUAAAAAAAUGAAAA